CGAGUUGGGCUUUGUCAGCUGAGCGUGGGGGUUGGGAGUGUGCUCAUGUUCUCUCUUAAAACUCCCCCCCAAAUAACUCGAAAACACUUUUCCUCGCAGGUUGACUCCCAAGAAGAAUCACCAACCCCGGGACUAGAAUGCUGGGAAGUCGGGAAGUCACUGAUCAAGAAGCCCAGUGUGUUGCUAGCGAGGCGGCCAACGUCAAGACGGCGAGGCCGAGGAAGAGGAAAGCAGAUGUUGCCAUUUAUUUACAAGAUGUGGAUGAGGACGCGGCAGAGAUGACCAAGAAGAAGCAGCGAGACUGUGAGGCGGCCUGGCGGUCCAAGGAGGGUGCGUACGCAAGUCCUCCGCGCGGGUUGUCCACGCUGGAUGGCAAAGACGAGCGUGAGCAGCAGAUCACCUUGAUCAACGCCGGCUUCCCGCACUACAACCUCACGAACGUCUUUGCUACGCCCGUACAUUGCGCGCCGCUGCCUGCGCUCUGCUGGGCGAGUAAGGACGUGGUGUGGAACAACAUGCUGGCCAAGGAUAAGACAUACACGCGCAACGUCAACAUGAUGGCCAAACAUCCUCACCUUCAGCCCAAGAUGAGAGCUGUGCUGCUCGACUGGCUCAUGGAGGUGAGCGAGGUGUACAAGCUUCACCGCGAGACGUACCACCUGGCUCAGGACUACUUUGACCGCUUCAUGGCCACGCAGACCAACGUCUUCAAGUCCACGCUGCAGCUCAUCGGAAUCAGCUGCCUUUUCAUCGCAGCCAAAGUCGAAGAGAUGUACCCUCCCAAAGUGCACCAGUUUGCCUACGUGACGGACGAAGCCUGCACCGAGGACGAGAUCCUCAGCAUGGAGGUCAUCAUCAUGAAGGAGCUGAAGUGGAGUCUGAGCCCGCAGACGCCCGUCUCCUGGCUCAACGUCUACAUGCAGGUGGCCUACCUCAAAGAGUCGGACCAGCUGCUCAUCCCCAAAUAUCCGCAGGCCACCUUUACGCACAUCGCCGAGCUCCUGGAUGUGUGCAUGCUCGACAUGCGCUGCCUGGAAUUCUCCAACGGCGUCUUGGCCGCCUCGGCCCUCUUCCACUUCUCGUCCCUGGAGCUGGUCGAGAACGUGUCGGCGUUAAAAAGGGCGGAGCUGGAGGAAUGCGUGCGGUGGAUGGUGCCGUUCGCCGUGGCGCUGCGCGAGUCGGGCGGCUCGCCCAUGAAGACCUUCUCCGGCGUGGCUGCCGAAGACGUGCACAACAUCCAGACGCAUGCCCCCUACCUGACGUGGCUGGAGAAGGCGGCGUCUUACCAGGACGCGGACUUGGAGCCUCAUCGCGGCUGUCAGGUACCGUCCGGCGUCCUCACGCCGCCUCUUAGCAUCGAGAAGACGGACGAACACCCCAAAGCGGCCACCGCCGCGCUACAAGUGCCCCCCAGGAUGCGUGCGGCCGAAUGGACGCUGGCCCCAUAGAAUCUAUUUUUUGCGGGGAUUGGGGAGAAUGUAAUUUCUCCUUUUUAAGGAAUCUUUUGGGACAGGCUGCCACAUUUUUUGUGUUUUUUGGCGGGUGUUUUAUCCUCAACUGCCAGUCACAGGACAUCUUUUAUUUAAUGCAAGCGUCUUUUAAGAAAACAAAAAAAAAAAAGGCCAGGCCGGGCCAACGGACUGUUCCUGGAGUCUGGAAGACUCCGUGCUGCUACACAGACGGGCUUUGCAUCGUGUGUGUGUGUGUGUGUGUGUGUGUGUGUGUGUAAAUAUACAGGGGGGACCAUAUUCACUUGGCUCACAAAGUAGCUGAGCAGGUCAUGCUUCAGAAGCAAAAAGCUGGACGAUGGGCUUUGGGUUGUCUGUGUGACAUCAGCAAGUCGCAACAGAGAGAGUGGGAGGUCACCCUCAAGCCCCACUAUCCUGACCCUUGACGUGAGCGAGUCGAUUAUUUUGAUUGUAUUUAACAAGAACUUUUAGCUUCCCACCCUGAACGUAACCACCGCCCCAAAAUGUCUUUGGGACUGUUUUUUUUUUUUUU